GCGAACCGGAGGCGGAGGCGAGUACCUGCCUCUGUGGGACUGGAAACCACCCGAUCCCCAGAGCGGUGUGCGUGAACCCGGCGACCGUUUGGCGUGAGAGCCGGCGGUUGACAAAGCCUCGGGACCCGGGCGCGGACGAUAUGUUCUGCGAAAAGGCCGUGGAGCUGGUCCGCGAGCUGCAUCGCGCGCCGGAAGGGCAGCUGCCCGCCUUCAAUGAGGAUGGACUCAGGCAAGUUCUGGAGGAGAUGAAAGCUUUAUAUGAACAAAACCAGUCUGAUGUGAAUGAAGUAAAGUCGGGUGGACAAAGUGAUUUGAUAUCAACCAUCAAGUUUCGACACUGUUCUUUGUUAAGAAAUCGACGCUGUGCUGUAGCAUACCUGUAUGACCGAUUGCUUCGGAUCAGAGCACUCAGGUGGGAGUAUGGCAGCGUCCUGCCCAAUGCCUUACGAUUUCACAUGUCUGCUGAAGAAAUGGAGUGGUUCAAUCGUUAUAAAAAAUCGCUUGCUAUCUAUAUGAAGUCACUGGGAGGAGAUGAAGGUUUGGACAUCACACAGGAUAUGAAACCUCCGAAAAGCCUAUAUAUCGAGGUGCGGUGUCUAAAAGACUAUGGAGAAUUUGAAGUUGAUGAUGGUACUUCAGUCCUGUUAAAAAAAAAUAGUCAGCACUUUUUACCCCGGUGGAAGUGUGAGCAGCUGGUUAGACAGGGCAUUCUGGAGCAUGUGCUGUCCUGACCUUGUGCUGAGGCGCCACUAGGCUUCCCUGUGGUGUGAGGGGCAGCCACACAACGGAAUGUGCUACACGUCCAUCUCCACCCUCAUCUCUUUGAUUUUAAAGGUUCUUUACAGAAGUUCUUUAAGAUAACUAGGAGUAUUAUCUGGCAAAGGAGUGGUUUGCUUUUCUUUUGUACAGGAUUCAUCCUCUUUGUAAUAAACUGUAAGCUAUGUCUUUAAUUACAAGAUUCCUACAGUUACUACAAUGUGGUUUUUUGACAAAAUUUUUUUAAUGGAAGUAAACAUUUGUUAAUAUUUGAUUUUCUUUGUCCUCCCUGGUAAUGACUUUAUUUUUCCAGUGUACAUUUCCAGCCCAUGGUAUAGCAUACUGUCUUAUAGUACAAAUUCAAGGAAGGUAAUACCUUUCCUAAGUGAUAAAACUUUGGCAAAUUAAUAUAGUACUCUUUAAUAUAAUAAAAUUCUUUUUUGUUGUU